AUGAGCAGGAAGACACGGCGCUGGAUUUUCCAUUUCUUCCUCUGCCUGGGAAUUGUAUACUUGAAAAUUGGGUGAGUUUUGGGCUUGAGUCCAAGUUGUUUCUGUAGGCCUGCUUUUAACAAGGUUUCUGAAAGUAAGGAAAAAAUAAGGCCAACCUAAAGACAAAUUCAUCAGACAUCACUGAGAGAAAAAAGUCAUUUUACUAGCUGUGGUGGAUUUUUUGUAAUUGCAUUUAAGAUUUCAUUAUAUGCAUUUUAAAUGAAGGGAUGCACUUUGUUUCUUCGAUUUAAGUGUUUGUAUUAGGAUUAAAACCCCAUGCAAUAGGAAAAUGUCUCAUUUUUAACAUUUUCCCUCGGGCGCUGUCAUUGACAGGGGUCUGUCAUCGGUGGUCGCGCUGGGAGCGAGCAUCAUCUGUAAUAAAAUUCCCGGCUUGGCCCCCCGUCAGAGGACUAUCUGUCAGAGUCGACCCGACGCGAUCAUAGUGAUCGGAGAGGGGGUUCAGAUGGGGAUCAAUGAGUGCCAGUUUCAGUUCAGAUACGGACGCUGGAACUGCUCGGCCCUGGGUGAGAGGACCGUGUUUGGAAGAGAGCUCAGAGUGGGUAUGUUGCAUUUCAUUUUCAUGUCAGAACAAGAUUAUUUUUCUCACAUUUUUCAUCGCUUUGUUUACGGGUGGACUUAUUUAUUUACAGACAUGUUGCUGUUAGAGUCCUUCAGUUUUUCAUUGCAUUUGAGUUUGACUGCAGGAUUUUAUUCUUCAAGCUCUCAAACCCUGUCAGGUUUUUACACCCAGAGCUCUGGUUCAUCAUUGAGUUUUCCUUCCAUGGUGCUGUAAAAGACAUUGUUGAGACAUGUCAGCAUGCCUUCAUCUUCAUAGUUACAGAGCUCACAAGAUUGUUUUUCACUAAUAAAAUAGUUAUUACUGAGAAAUAAUAUGGUUCAUAUUUACAUGCCUGCAUAAUAGUACACCAGUGGCUUGAUAAUUUUGCGUUGCUCGCACACAGAUAAUAAACCAAAGCCAUACUUUUUGAGUAUUGAGUUGUAUGUUAUUUUUGCUUUUAUUAAAAAGUUUGGAAGAAGAUAUGAAAAUGUUUUCAAAAUGAUCUGUACAGAAAAAGUAUCAGCGGAGGAGGCCUCUGACACCGGUAAAACUCUGUCAAUCUUCGUCUUAGACUCAAAGCAUCUGCUCUCUGUGGGGAAAAAAAAAAAGACACAGAUUUGAUCUUGUGUUGUGGAAUAAGUCUCGAGGCGAUGCUUGCUUCAAAAACAAGACUGCGGAAACAAGUGAAGAAUCCCAUUUACCACACUACUUCUCCACUUUGUUGUCUUUUUCAUUCACCCUGUCAUCCCUCAGACAGACGCAGAGCUCGGAUGUCAUUUUUCUCCUCGAGUGUCAUUAAGGAUUAUAGCUUACACCUUGGGCAUCUUGAGCCUUUAAUUUAUGCCGAUUGCUGCUCUGUACAUGACAGAUUUAUAUUAUAGUAUUUUGCCCUGGAUGGUUGUAGUAUUAGUUGCAACAAGCAUGAGUAAAGUCUGAAUGACCCAGCUUGUUUUACUGGUCUGAUUAACAGGGAUGCACACGGUAAAAUGCUGCGGGAUACGGAGUUUACUGGGUGAAUGAGUGUGCCUGUCGAAUCAGAAAAAAACCUUGCACGUUUUUUUUAUGAGAAUUCUUUAAAUGGCCUCUGAUGAUAAAAAUUAAAAAUAAUUAGUCAGGUUUUUUUUGUUAAUUUUGUAGAGAAUACGCAUUGUAGCUGCGUACACGUUGCCUUUCCAUCCAGACAAGCUCCCCCACCUCCAUGUAUGUUCAUAAAAUACUUUUCUCCCAAAAGUUUCAAGUUCAGACAAGUUCUUUCUUCUAGGUUUACUAAUAUACCUCCAGGUUCUGCAGAUUUGGCAGGGCACGUUUUAUGUAGAAUGAUUUUACCACCGCUCCAGGACAGAGCUCGACUUUUUUAAGUAAAGCCUCAGAUUAAAACAGAGCUCAUUUCACCGUUGCACAACUCCGAAUUUAGCCAAGUGUAGACAAGAAUCAGGCCGAGCUCCAGGAGACAGCAGGUCAGCUCGAGCGCUGUUUAGGUCCAGCUGCAGAGUCUGUCUGAAUCCAUUGUCCUGUUCCAGCAGACUGGAACACUGAUAACUGUCAGAAUACAUAAAUCCUGGAUUCUUGUUGGCUGAAUUGCAGAGAUGUACAGUAUUUUGGCAAAAGGAUCACGUAUCCUCCCUACCUAGCAAGCUGGUUAAAAUAAGUUGGCUGUAAAGGCAGAUCGGAGAUUUGGUCUGACAUCCAUGGUUAACUAAAUCUUCUGCUUUUGGAUGUGUCUUAUAUGGUGUUCCAUCUACUUUGCACUUCUUCAGAGACCUAGACUGGACAGCAAGUGUGUCUUAAGGAUUCACGUUCACUUGUUGCAGCAGAAUGGAGCAGCUGCUAAUAAAGGUCUAAGUUUGAAGGAGGACUAUGAGCUGUGAGAAAAAGUUUGCAUUGUGAUUAAAUUAUUAAAGCUGAUGAUUUUAUUUGGGCAUGUAUUAUGAACAUUUUUGGAUGGUUUUACAUGUGCUCAGAUGAGUAUUUGCGCCGUUUUAAUUAAAAAACACUGUUGACCUGAAGCUCUCAGAUUUAUGGGGCAGGAAUCCAUCUACGUAGGGAGGCUCUGCAUGCCUCUCAGAAUCACCUCCACAGGGUGGAUCCCAGAUUGACAGUCGCUGGGACAACGGCCAGAAAUGAUGCUAAAACAUUUAACUUUCCCUCUCUGAAUGGUCAGAAAUCAUCUUUGCCACUCAAAUCUAAACAAUAAAUUGACUGUUAAACUGUAAUUUUGUUAGUUACACAUGUCCUAAUCCUUUAGAUUCUUUAAUCAUCAUUUAUCACAGGGACAAUAAAACUGUCUUGCUUCUCAAAAGACCGCCUCCCUUAGGAGGCCUUUGCCCCUCUCCUAUUCAAAGUGCUCCAUUAUAUAAAAUUCAGAUUACCCUGAAGUUUAUCUGUUUUGAAAGAGCUUGAUGAAUGAAUUGGACUUGGCUUAGCUCAUCCAUUUCAUGAUUUGGUUUGAGGCAGAUAUGCCAGGUAUGCAAGGAGGCUUGACAGUGCCUGAAAAACUAAUCUUGAAGUUUGUGAUUGUGAUUAAAGCUGUCUUUUCUCUUUAUCCUAGGCAGUAAAGAGGCUGCCUUCACCUACGCUAUCAUCGCUGCCGGGGUUGCCCAUGCAGUAACUGCAGCGUGCACACAGGGGAGCCUCAGCGGCUGUGGGUGUGACAAGGAGAAGCAGGGUUUCUACAACAAGGAGGAAGGCUGGAAGUGGGGCGGCUGCUCUGCAGAUGUUCACUAUGGCCUGGGUUUUUCUAAGGUGUUUGUGGACGCACGGGAGAUCAAGCAGAAUGCCAGGACUCUAAUGAAUUUACACAACAAUGAAGUGGGACGUAAGGUAAGUUUGUGAUGGAAAUACUUCUUUCCUUUUAUACAGACAGUCUGUUAUUGCAAAUUAAAUCAUAAAGAUGCAGAAAUAAGACAUUUAUGCAGUAUGCUCUAUCUUUGCACAACUGUAAGCAGUGUCUAAUUCAAACAGCACCGUGCACUUAUGAAGUUUCAAGCCAAAAAGACCAUGACUCUGGCAUGAGUGCUGUCAUAGACUGAUCACAAGCAUGCAAACUGGGUAUAAUUAUCGGAAAAAGUGUUUUGGUUUUGAAUACGUGAGUGAAUGUGUAAUGGUGACUUUGUUUUACUCUCUGUUUAGUAGGGGUGGGCAAUAUAGGCUUAAAAAAAUCAUCACAAUAAGUUUUGCCAUUUGGGCGAUAACAAUAAAAGUCCCGAUAAAAAAUAUAAUUCCAAUCUAUGUUUUUGACUCAUUUUGUCUUGAGGACACCAGUUGGCAUAGUCAAAUAAGAUACUUAACCACAAGUUUGAGUGGUAGGUUACGGAGAAAACUAGUAAAAUGUGAAAGCACUUUCACCUGAUUGCGCCCAUCUAAACCCCAAUCUUGAAGGAAAUCAUGUGGAGCCUCGUUCAGCAACGAGCUGCUCAGAAACAUCUUCUUCAUUAUCUUCGGCCAUGUUUGUUUGUUAUUCUGAUCUGUGUGGGCUAUGGCUGCGAAUCCGUCGCUUGGGUUUAUUGUGAGAUGGCAAAUAUUUAUUGUGGAGGAAUUGUCUGACGAUAAAUCAUAAACAAUAAUUUAUCGCCCACCCCUACUAUUUAGCAAUAUAAAAAGUCUGCAAAGUCACAAAAUCUGCACCUGGGAAGACUUUUCUUUUCAUCACUGUACCAGUUUAUAGUCUUCAUACUGUGGCAAUGCAAUGAGACUCGAUCACUCACAUAUAGUAGAAGAUGGUCACAAAGGCACCCUAGACCAUAAACUAUAUCAGUGCAAUGCCAUGCAAGGGAAUUGGGAAAAAGGGGGGAUGAUGGUCAGGUCAAGGUGGGAGAUGUGAUCUAAGGGCAGGUCAUCAUAGUUUUAAAAAACACAACAAAAUAAGGGAAGACAUUUCACUGAAGAGACUUUUUUAAACAGAGAUGGUGUGGUUGACUGAGGUUUGGCUAUGUUAUGUCUGCAGACUGUGCUCAGCAUCUUCAUUCUUGUGAGACUUGGACAUUGACCUUUUUACCUUGAACAAGAGCAACGUUAGCUUAGGUGGCUGGUUCGGUCCCAUGGCUCACAAAAGACAACAUUUGAAAUCAGCAAAGUGAUUUAUGGCUGUUUUCUCAGGAGUCAAGCCAGUGAUCGCGAAAUUCACAAGAGUCUGUCCAUCUGUACCUUUAGUAGAAAAGAAACCAUGUACUUCGGCUGCGGAGUUCAGCACUAAUCAAUCCCUCCCAGAUAUUUAAGCUAUCAAUGCCAUGGUCAAUUCUGCAUCCUCAUACCACCAGAAACAAGGGCUUUUCACAAGAUCUCUCUUGUCUUAAAAGCAGAGGAUACAGUCUCAUUUGUGGCUGCAGUGACAGACUGUGUUCACUCACAAUGGUUUUUGGAAAUGAUGUUGAGCCAUCGCAAUGAUUUCUUCUUCAAAGUCGUGUCUGUUUUUCAGAGGGCCUGAAGAUCAAGGGCAGCCAUCAUUAUUUAUCUCAUUUUGCCUUGUUACUUUUGGGAUUUGUGUACUAUUGAGAUUUCUCUGAAUCUUUAAGUAUAUUAUAGAUGAUAAAAUCCCCAAACUCUCUGCUUCUGUACGCUGAGGAAGUCUGAAGUUGUUAAAUUAGUUGGUCAUGCUUUUUGUAACAGAGUAAGAGACUCCACCUCUCUUUAAGAUCUGUUUAUAUCCAGACAUGUCACGAUCCUGUUGGAAAUUAACCUCAUUGGUUGGGUGAUGAUCUGCCAGCUGUAUUUUAUUAGCAUUGCACAACUGUUUUGUCACCAGAACAAUGAUCUUUUUGGUUUCAAUAUUUGAUGCAUGGUUGCACUAUUUUCCACUUAUUACUUUGUUUAAAUGAUCUUCAAAACCUCCAAAUCUGUUUCAUGGUGACUUAGGUUGUAUGUUUUAAGAGCUAGCAGGACUUUGCAAAGUCAGUGAAGGUUAAUGAGCAGAAAAGCCAAGAUUUCUAUGGUGUUGUACCAAAUCUUGGUAUCUCUCCUGUUAGGGUGAGACUUCAGCGUGAGUGUGGGGUUAAUGCUGCGUUCCAGUUACCUCGGAAAUCGGGGAUCUGGGAAUGACGUUACACCCAAGUUGACAGCGUUUCACUAAACAAGUCGGAAAACCAAGAAGGACGCCUACAGUUAGCCAUUGUUAGCUGUUGUUUACAAUUGUCAGCUGUUGUUAGUUGUUGUUAGCUGUUGUUAGCUGUUGUUAGCUAUACCACCUGUAAACAACGCAUAACACAGUAUUUUACUCUUACAAACACCACAGCACUGUGUUCACAGUUCGACGUUGGGCAGUACAACAUAUAACCACUUAUUUAAUUUCACAAAAACAAAACAAAAGUGCUAAUAAAUAAUACAUUACGAGAGCUUUCACUGUUACUGUUGACUAGUGAUGCACUGCGCUGCCAUCUUGGAUUAUGAUAUUGUCGUCAAGUCAGGGUUGGUGAAAAUCGUCAGGAGCGCCGAAAUCCCGACUUUCGAGUACAACUGGAACGCACCAUAAGACUUACUUUUGUUUACAAUUGUUUUGACUUUGAACAGUAGUGCUGGUCUUUUGUCUCCUAAAUUAGUCUUGGCUUGAAGGGGUAGUAUUAUGUUUUCCCACAAACUAAGUGGAUGCAAAGUUUCAAAUCUUGAGGUAAAUCUUAGAAAAAAUAGAUGUACAUAAUCUUAGAAAAUAGACAUAAACUACUUAAAAUGGGAGCUUGUGCAAAGUUGCAAGACUCACUAAAAUGCCAGCGUCUGUUGUAGUCUCUCCUUACUGCCUGUCUCCAGCUCUACUGAUUGGCUACAAUAGAAGGGGCGGGGCCAAAACAUGUAGUCACCUAGACAGAGAGAUACUCUUAUGUUUUAAAUUGUAAGUUACUUCAAUUUAAAAUGAAAUAUUCUGAUAUUCUUUGUUAUGUACAGUCACAUUUUUUUAGCUAUAGGCCAGAAUGAUCUGAUUAAAACAGAAAAAGUCUUGAAACAUUUGCGUUAACAUGGAUCACAUUUGGAAUGUUAACUUUCCCUAAGUAUUCUCAUGUUUGAGCUGCACCUAAAACAGGAACAAAGAAAAACAGAGACAGAGAAGUUAAACACUUCAGCUCAACAAUGUUGUUCAGAGGCGGAAAGACAAAGGAGGCCUAACAACAGAUCAAUAGUAACUACAGGACUCUCCACAAAGUGGUCCCACAAGAAAGUGAUUUAUUGAAAAAGCAACAGUGAGCACAUUGAACGCUCAGUAAAAUCUUGGCUCUGUCCUAAUUGCUGCGCUGGCCCUCAAUGACCCAAAGUAAUCAAAUAAUGCAAAAGUUUCUGCAGUUAAAUUGUCCCAAACUUGAGUUAUACAGAUACAUUUAUUCUAUUCAUGUAGAUAAAAAGCCGACCCUACUUCAGAGGAAAUGCUUACAUGCAGUCCUGUCGAGAUUUUUAAGAGGGGAAGUAUGAAAACAUCUCCUAUAUGGUCGGUAAAUAUCUGUUUGAAACAGCAGCUCUGUAGGGUCAAAACCAUUGGGUAAAAUCCAAACACUCUUUACUGUUUGCUAAUGCUUUUAUAAAUAAAUGGAAACUUGAGACAGUUCUCUUUAACUCUAGUCAAAGCCUGGUUUUGAGUUGUCUUGUAUCCACUUAAAGACCACACUUAAAGGUUCGACACAAAAAUCAGGAUUCAAAUUAUUCGUGUGAUCAGAUAGGCUCUGGUAAAGUUGGGUGACCAUAUUCUGAAUCCCCAAAAAGAGGAAACUACUACCUGGCGGAUUUGCGGGCAAAAUUUUGAGGGUUUUUUAGGUCGGGUUGAGUGUUUUUUACGUGCCUCUAACACGGUUAGUCCAUGCUACACAAACUCAAAACUUCCAUACAAAACCCCAGACAUUUGAAGGAUUUUUAUAAACUCCCAUGUCUGGGUAAAAGAGGACGUAUGGUCACCCUAGGUAAAACAUGGUGUCCUCACUGCAUAUUUAUUGUCUGCAGUUUAAUUGUUGAAUAAAUGGGACUUUCGAGGCAAUGCUGGGGUCAGAUGUAAAGUCUCAUCUCAUUCUAUGUUUUUUCAUGAUGAGAGGAAGAGCCAGUGUUUCGAGUGAUGUUAUUGUUUUACAAGUAGCAGUGUUGGAUAGUUCCUUAUGAAGUGUGAAACUCUGUGAAGUGUGGAGGUGUUAACACAUGAAAACGCUGAGAAGUGGGAAGGUCAAAGAGAGAGGGAGCAUGUCAUGGAUCUAAAAAGCUAGUAGUGAGUGAUCAAGCAGGAGAGGGAAGCAUCCUGUGAAACAGAAGCAGGGCCUGUGUUGUCUGUGUGGUUGAGAUGGAAUUUUGUCUGGAAGAUUUUAAUUUGUGAAUAAGGUUUGAUGAGAAAAACCUCCAAGGUACAAACAGGUUUCAUUAAUCUUAAAUAUAGUCAUAAAUAUAUUCAUAAAUAAAUACAGUCAGAUAUAGGCCUUUCUUAGGAUGCAGUUCUACAACUCUAACUAAGCUGUGCUCCACCUUUGUGCCACCAAAACGAGAGGAAAAAAAAGUGUGAUUGUCUUACUCUCUGGGUUAGAAUGUAAAUAUGAAAUACAACAGGCAUUGUCACAUACCUGUAGAGGGAGUGGACCCCUCAAGACUGAAGCCAGUUGGGACUCACUGCUGCAAUCAGGGGGGAUGGAGAUACACAUACACAGUGAGCAAAGCUGCAAAAAAAAGACAAGUGAAUCAACAGCUGUGACAGAUGAUGACUUUAGAUGAUUUUUAGAUUUUUUAGAGAAAUUCCAGCAGCAUUAUAUUUACAGAAAAGAAAAAAGUAUUAUCUAUCUGUCUGUCUGAUAAAAGUAGGAUUAAAAGCCAUCAACAUUUGUACAUUUAUUGAUGACAUUUACUGCUGGAGGAGAGUGGGUGACUUGUGUUUAGUCUCUUUGCUAAAGAAAUCAGGCAAAGUUAAAAAGAUGUUUGAUGGCUAGUACUAUGGCUGGGACCCUAUAUGUACUGUUGAUGAAGUUAGGUGCUGUUCUGAGCAUUAUUUGUGGCUAUAGAGUGGCGUUUUGGUUGAGGUUUGCAAGUGGAGGUGUAGACUGCGGUGUAUUGCUAUCUGCGGUCGUUGCUGAAGUUGGUACAACUAGAGAAGCAAGCAGUCGGCAACAUUCAUCUCUCGAGGGGGUGUCCAACUCGGUGUUGCGAAUAUAAAUUUGCGGCAGAAUAUCCCUCUAAGUAUAUUAAACUGGGGUCAAAUGAAAAAGGAAAAAGAAUUCCAUGAGAAGGUUUUUUUUAUGUAUGUAAUAAAAAUUCAAGGCCUCAGCACGGUGCCUUGUGGAACUCCCAUUUACCAGCCUGGGGUUGGGGUUUAUUACAUGACAGAUUUUUCCUCUGGGAGUUUUGGAGAGUGGGCAAAAUACGACAGUUCACUGUACUGAAGGGUUCAACUGACACAUACUCUCAUGAUUGGAAAAAGAUUUGUUCAGUAACGGUUGAUAAAGCACCAAUGAUGAACCGUGAAUAAUACUCCAAGUCAGUGAAGAGACAAUUUCUUUGAAAAUGGUUGUUGAAUUAGUCACAGAGAUUAAUUUCAUGAAUCAUAUUAGUACUCAGUGUUGAAUAUGUUCUCCAUGGAUACAUCAUGGAUAAGUGAAUUAAAGGGUGACAAACCUUUAAUCCACACCACACAUAGUCAGAGCAGGGAUUUGUUAUUCCAAGGUGAUUUUCUUCUCUCAUAGUUGUACUAUAUCCAGAUGGCUCUUCAGCUCACUCGUAGCGAACAAACUUUAUCACUUUAGCUUUCAACAAUUGAAAGUUGUACUUUGUUCCAGAUAAAUAUUCCCUCGCCAAAUUAAUUUGUCGGCCAAUUUACGGCUACUGAUAAGAAGUAUUAUAAACUUUUGACACUGGCAGAACUCUGCUCCAGCAUUUAUCCAGUCGGCCUCAUGGGCAGAUAGAUUAAAAACUCAAGAUCGUAUCCCUGUGUACUGGACAUCGUUUGAACUGUAAAAUUCAGAAUACUUUCGACGGGGUACUAAAGGUAAUUACUUCUCCACUCCAUUAUUAAAACAUGUAAAGACCCACUUUGACGAGUAUCAUGUUUUUCUCGUUUUUUUUACAUGUUCAUAUGGCAUUUUUCUGGUGAGGAAAAAUAAGUGCCAAAUUGCAUUUCUGAGUAUUUCUGCAUUCAAAUUGCUGUGUAUCUCUGGCAGACCCAAACGGCACGUUUAGAUACAGUGAGAUUUCCUAUGUAGCAAAUCUAAGCUCCGCCCCCAGAGCCCCGCUACGCAGGCCAGACUCGGAAAAAUAGAGAGGAUGAUCGUGGAACAAGCGUGUGUGUUUGCGUAUUGUAAAGCUCGUAAAAAAGCUAAUUAUGAAAUUAACUUUCAUCGUGUCCCCGAAGACAUUAGUGUCCGAGAGCUGAAUAUCUCCUAUGUGUGCAGAGCAGCGCUGUCUCUGCCCACGACUCAGAGGCAAAUUGCUCUUGAGCUACUGGAGCUCUGCAGAAGACAAGCCCUUAAAAAUGACAGAUAAUGUGAUUUUGGCUAAAAACUUCAUAAUUACAAUUGAAAGACCACUAAUAACUUUUGAAGUAGUUAAAAAAAAAAAAAAAUAACAAUUGUAGUGGGACUUGAAUUUAGUCCAUUGGCACCAGCUGAAGAUAAAAAAAGAGCCUAGAAACAUUGUGCUGUAAAAACAGCACUGUCAGUACCUGUCCUGGUGACCGUAGAGCGAGAAAAACUCCUCUUUGUGGGAAUCCCUGAAAGCACUUCUUUCUAUCAGCGGAAUGAAGAUGAAAGUGUGUACUUAGAGAUACUCCCAUCCUCUUGCGUGCAGCUUUCAGGGUUAGAGUUUCAUAAUUGAGGUCUGGCAUCAGUCAGAAAGUGAUACAGUUUCUGAAUCUUUUAAUAUACCCUUACUAAACUGAUACCUCUGUAAUUAUUGUGGUAAAGCUUUCAUGUUAAAUCGGAGAUGAUGUCAGUGUGUGUUUUGAGGGCCAACCUUUGGAUUUCUUGAGAAGAAUAAACAAUAGUGUAAAAGGUGCCACAGGAGGCUUACAGGGGUUCUGUUAGACAAACAAUAGCAGCUUGGUUGGCAUUUCACUUCACUGAGCUCCAUGAAUUAAAUGUUUGUCAGGUCUCGGGGGCAUGACCACACUAAGCUGGAUGCAUCCAAGGCUUUUGACAAUUACCCCACGAGACUCCAGAAAGUCUGAGGCCACAUCAGAGUGGAAUAAUUAAAAAGCAGGGUGAGGCUUCUGUAAUGCCAGCGAGGGUUCCCACUCAGUGAGGAGGAAGGAGGUUAAGCUGAUGUCAUUCAGCCGGAGGCACACAGAGAAUACCCCGGCUGCUUUGCCAAACUCAUCGAAAGGUUCCACUCGAACCCUGAAAAGGGCUUUUCACCGCUGCCAGUCUGCUCGCUGCAAACGCCUUAAUGUGGUGACAACCCCAAACUGUCUCCUCACUUACAAGAGCUUGUAAAUUAACCCAGCUUGUCUGAAUAGAUUAGGUUAAACAGUUUUUUCAAUCACACAGGCAUCAACUUUUAAAGUGCUCGAUCUGAUAGUUUCUUUUUUUCCGUUAAUCUCUAAAGCAGAUGUGAAGAUUCAUGACACAAAUCCAGAAUCCUAUGUUUGCAGACUUGAUUGAUUUUCAGUGCUCCAAAAUCCUCUAAAAUUUCUACAUUUGCCUUCACAUGUGACACAAAAUGCAUAUAUUUGUAAAGCCUGGGUACUUUUUUUUUUAAUUCGAAAUGGCAUCACAAAACUUUGGCGUCAUAGUUUAAUCAAGUUUGCUUAUCAUUUAAACGGCUUACUCAUGGGACAUCCAUGAUAUUGCACAACUUCCAGGAUGUAUGAAUAUGCUUUUUCAAUGAGUGGGUGUCCUGUAAAGAACGGCACAUGCAUACUUAGCUAGUAGCAAUACAGUGACGUACUGCAGCAGCGCUGAGAUCUCUGGAAUGCUUACAUUCAUUUGGAAUGCUUGAAAACGUUUGUCUCAACCUGUUGAACUAUUCAUGCAAUAUGUUAGUAUUUCUGUGAACUCGUGUUUCCUACCUGCUCAUUAUGGAAAGACAGGAUCAAACAAAUUACCAGGAGUGGUGUGUGGUGUUGCAAGCCCUUAAACAGUCUCUUUUUUUUAAAUAGAAAAAUCUCAGCGCCGCACAAAUGAACAUACUGACUGUGAUGAAAGGUGUGUCAGGAAGUUCUGAAAGUAAAAAAUGCAAAAAGAAAAACAAUGAAAGCAUUUCAGAGGAUGCAUCUAACUCCAUAAACUUUGCUUCAUCUGAGCUUUUCUUCUGUGUUUUAGGUUCUGGAGAAGGGUAUGCGUCUGGAGUGUAAGUGUCAUGGUGUUUCAGGAUCCUGCACUACCAAGACAUGCUGGACUACACUACCCAAGUUCCGUCAGCUGGGCUACAUGCUCAAGGACAAGUACAACCAGGCCGUGCAUGUGGAGCCUGUACGAGCUCGCCGUAACAACCGCCCCACCUUUCUGAAAAUCAAAAAACCUCAUUCCUAUCGCAAGCCCAUGGACACAGAGCUGGUCUACAUCGAGAGGUCGCCCAAUUACUGUGAGGCGGACCCUCUGACCGGCAGCAUGGGAACACAGGGCCGUCUGUGCAACAAAACAGCUCUGCAGCCCAACAGCUGUGACCUGAUGUGCUGUGGUCGAGGAUAUAACACACAUCAGUACUCCCGCGUUUGGCAGUGCAACUGCAAGUUCCUGUGGUGCUGCUAUGUCAAAUGCAACACCUGCAGCGAGAGGACAGAGGUGUACACCUGUAAAUAG